CGGUUUGAUAUCCAUGCAGUUGAACUUGAUUCUACUUGCGGUGAUGAUGUCUUUUUAUGCGGCAGUUCCGUUCUCGAAGGACCACAACCGGCCGCACAUUCGUGAACGGCGAGGAAUUAAUCUAGUCGCACAUUCGAUAAUGGAAUUUCGAAGCUUUGACAGCUGCCAAACGCCAACAGUUGGGCGUUGGCCCCAGACUCCAGUACGCAUGUAUUGGUGGCAGCAUGCGCCCAGCGUUCGUCCUCCCACUGUCCCACAUAUCAUGAGAGGGAUAAGAUAAAAGAAUGUCCGACUGCCCGUCGCCCUCGCCUUUCCCACCCCACAAAUCUCCCGUCAACCAUGCUCGCCCUACACAUCAAACCUUUCCUCGCAACCAUACUGGGUCUAUCCCUGACGGCCUCCGCCGCACCCACCCCAUCAUCGCCCGGAAGCAGUGUCGGCUGUGGCAAAAACCCUCCCCUCGACCCCGGGUCAUCCACCAGCUACACCCUGGCCACGCCAGACGGCCGCACCCGCCGGUACACAAUCCACCUCCCCUCGAGUUACAAACCCGCCACCCCCGCCCCGCUUAUCCUCUCGUUCCAUGGGAAUACGAAGACCGCGGCGAAUCAGGAACAGCUGAGCGGGUUUGAUAAUGAGGAGUGGAAUCCGGAUGGGAUCGCCAUCUAUCCCCAGGGUGUGAACAACGCCUGGCAAGGCGCCCCCUACGCGGACGCCUCCAUCUCCGACAAAGCCUUCAUCACCGCCCUCCUCGACCACCUCGAAGCCCGCUACUGCAUCGACCCGCGCCGGAUCUACGCUAGCGGUAAAUCCCUCGGCGGGGGGUUCACCAACGUGCUGGCCUGCUCUCCAUCACUCUCGCAGCGCUUUGCGGCGUUCGCGCCCGUUUCGGGUGCGUUCUAUACCGGGAACGCGGACGAUGACUGUCACCCGAAGCAUACCGUCACGCCGGUCAUGGAGUUUCAUGGGUUGGCUGAUAAGACCAUCCCCUAUGCGGGCGGCGAGCACAAGGGGGUUGAUCUGCCUUCCGUUUUGGAUUGGACGGCCCGGUGGGCUGCCAGGGGUGGAUGCCAUGCCCAGCCUGUCGUUGAAACAUUGUUCGACGGCAAUGUGAAGCACUACUCGUGGACCUGCCCAGCGGCAAACGGGACCCUGGCCGUGCAGCACUAUGCUAUCGCGGGCCUUGGACAUGCGUGGCCGAGCGUGGCUGCGAACAGCGAUAAUUCGAAGGGAACGUAUUUAGACGCCACGCCGUUGAUUAUGGAUUUUUUCAACCAGCAUGUGAAUGAGCUUGCUGCCUAA